AUGUUCCAAGGAUUUUCGAAGGUCGAUGUUAAUACUUCAGAUGUCAUUGAAAUAUCACAAGUUGAACAAGAGAAACAAUAUGCUAUUAAAGAGCUAGAAAACUGCAAACAGGUAAAGAGAAAGUCAGUCCUACCAUCAAGUAGUCUGUAUCAGUUUCUAGAAAAACAAGGGAUACACAUAAGUGUUGAAAAAGAACAUGAUAUUGACACAAUAGAUGGUGUUACAGUUCUGCCCAUUAAAGAUCUAGAUAAACAUAAUAAGCGAUUAGAUGAUCCUGCAGAACAAGAAAAAAUUGGUGAGGAUGGGUGGUUAAAUAGUGAUGACGAUAUGAAUGUUGAUUGUGGUACAAAUGGAGAAGCAGUGGGACCAACUGACAAGGCAGUUUCUAAUUUAAGCAACUUCAUAGGAACAGUUGCAAGGAAUCCCAGAUUUAUCAACUUGUUGUACACUAGUUGGCAUGCUGUUCUAGAUGAAACUAAAAAACGCAUAUGGGAUUAUGUCAAUGAAGGACAGAAGUGGGUGAUGAAUGGUCUUCGUGAUGCUUGGAGGGGAUUCAAGAGAUAUAGAGAGUCAUCCGAUUCGGUCUCUUCGUUGUGGUCCAUUGGGGUAAAGCGCGGGAGCAACAAUCCAGCAGAAGAACGAGGAGAGAAAGGGAGUGAACGCCGGACAAAAGAAAAUAAUGAGGAACCAUUAAAGGCUGAAAUGUUUGUAGCUACUCGUACAAAGACGGGAAAAGAAGUUCAGGCAGAUACCCAAAUUGUAAUAUCUGAACUAGAGAAUCAUCAAAAUGCUAGGAAAACACCAGAUGAUGCAUUCACGGCAGUGUUUGGAAAGGAGAAGCCUGGUCGAGUUAGAGGCUAUGGUAGAUCAGUGAAAAGAACUUCUCUGCAAAAAGAUGAGGAAAUGAAUGAGCUUAAACAAAAGCAUGCUAAUGAAGUCACUUCUAUGAAGGAAGAAAUUAUAAGUGAAAUGAGACAAGAAAUCCGACAGUUUUUUAGUCAAUUGGUGCAAAACAAUCCUGGAUUGAAUUUUCAAGAUAUACUAGGGAGUGAUGGAUCUAACAUUCCUUCACCUGAUGUGAGUAAUGCACAAGCUAUAAGAGGAAAAAAUCUUUUAAAUUCUUUGGGCUCGACUCAUGAUUUGGUUCAUGAAAAGGAUCUAUGCGGGGGAUCAAAUUUGAAUGGUGGGCGCCACAACUCAACUUGA